UGUGGAGCGUCUUUUUGAAGACCAUAAUAUUUUACGAAAAAAAGGCUACUAUAAGGUUUUUAGAACUGUCUGAAUAGCUUGUUACAAGUACAUAUGAUGGCACCCAAAAGGAAAAAGCCCCCAGGUUCUGGAGAUAAUCCAACCGAUGAACGAGAGGAGUCACCUGGUCCAUCAAUGUUGCCAAACAAACGACGCAAGAAGUCCUUGCAGUAUGACCCUGUUGAUAUAUGUCAGGAAUUAUAUGACACGAUCAGGAACUACAAAACAGAUGAUGGAAGAUUGAUCUGUGAGACUUUCAUCAGGGCUCCAAAACGAAGAACAGCGGCUGAUUACUAUGAUGUUGUAAGCACUCCCAUAGAUUUACUCAAAAUCCAACAGAAACUGAAAAUGGAAGAAUAUGAAGACAUAGACCAGUUGUCUACAGAUAUUGAGCUUAUGAUCAACAAUGCCAAGUCUUAUUACAAGAAAGAUUCUCAAGAAUACAAAGAUGCUUGUGAUAUGUGGGAAUUAUUUAAUGAGACUCGGAGUGAAGUGAUAUCUGAGGCAUUCGGAGAACUUGUCCCAGGGGAUCGGCGAGCAGGUCGUGCCCUUGCCACAGACAGUGAUGAUUUAGAGGAUGACAAGGAAAGCUCCAACGACAGCAGCUUGUUACCAGUGGAGCCUGACACUCCCGAAGAUCUGGAAAGCCUCUUUUCAUCUGUAAUGAUGGCUCGUGAUGGAGAAAGGGAGAUAAGUCCAGCCUUCCACUUACUACCCUCCAAGUCUAAAUACCCUGAGUAUUACAAGAUAAUUAAACAGCCUAUUGACAUGAAGAUAAUUGGUCAGCGCUUACAAGCAGGAGCUUACACAACUCUGGAUGACCUGGAAAAAGAUUUUCUAUUGAUGGUCAAAAACGCCAAAACCUUCAACGAGCCUAAAUCCCUUAUCUACAAGGAUGCACAGACAUUGAAGAAGGUGGUACAGACACGGAAGAUGGAUAUACACAAUAAAGUAGCCCCUAAACCAGGGGAGAGAGCAAGUCGAUCCCGGGACAAGUGUAGCUGGUCUUCCUACUGUGCCAAUCUGCCAUACCCUGUUGAGGAGACAUUUGAACCUCCUGUUUCCCAGGACUCCAACAUGAGCAUGGACUACGAUGAUGAUUCUGGAACUGAAACUGUGGUGUCAGAGUUAGAGGAAGGUGACCCCUACUGGGCCUUACUCAAUUACAUCAAAGGCUUUAAGGGUCCUUCUGGGACUCCCCUGUGUGAACCCUUCCUUAAACUCCCCAGUAAAAGGUUUUACCCAGACUAUUAUGAGGAAAUUAAGAAGCCAAUGUCACUGUCAAAUGUUCGCAAGAAGCUGAAGUACAAACAGUACAGAAGUUUAGAUAAACUGACUGCAGAUAUCAAUCUUGUCUUUGAGAAUGCCAAACAGUACAAUGCUGACGAGUCCAAAAUAUACCAAGAUGCUGUCACCCUGCAGCAGGUGAUGUGGGAUCGGAAACAUGAACUGGAGCGUGGUGACUCUAAGGACGUUUUCAUGGAGGAACUUUCUUCUCAAUCUGAUUUCCCCUCCAGUGUGAAGUCUGGUCAUAGCCUCGACUCAAUGGAUGAUGACAGUCACAAGUCCCGGCACCGUCGUAGUGGAUCUGGAGCUCCCGACAGUGAUAAGAAACGUGCAAAACGGGCAACACCUGAGGAUAUGAUGAGACGUAGACUUUGGACCAUCUAUAAGACGGUCCAUGACUAUACAGAUCCUGAGGGCAGACCUCUAAGGAUGAUCUUUAUGGAGCUUCCAUCAAAGCGUGACUACCCUGAUUAUUAUCAGGUUAUUCUCCAGCCCAUAGACAUGGUUACUAUAGAGGCCAAAAUCAAGGGUGAAAAGUACUACAGUGAGAAUGAGCUGAUUGUAGACUUUGAGUUAAUGUUUAACAAUGCACGUCACUACAAUGAGGAGGAAUCCCAGGUAUAUAAGGAUGCCAACACACUGGAGAAGUUAGUUAAAAACAAGUGGAGGAACAUGCUGCAGACAAUGGAAGCUCGCAAGGCUCUCAGCAGGAAUGUGAAGACAAAUGUGUGUGAAAAGUCGACGAGGAUGAAGGAUAAGAAGGUUACUCCCCUGCCUACUAAACUCCAGGACAUUUACAACACCAUUCAUAACUACCAGGAUGCUCGAGGACGUGCUCUAGCCACGCCCUUCCUUAAACUUCCCCUCAAAACUGAGUAUCCCGACUACUAUGAGGUGAUCAAGAAGCCUGUUGACAUGCAGAGAAUUCAGCAAAAGCUAACAGCCUCUCAGUAUGAAUCUGUAGAAGAUAUGGUGGCCGACUUUGUCCAGAUGUUUGACAAUGCCUGCAAAUAUAAUGAACCAGACUCCCUCAUCUACAAGGAUGCCCUGACGCUACAGAGAGUAUGUCUUGAGAAGAAAUUAGAGAUGAGCAAUGACGGUGUCAAUGAUAUUCCUGAUGUGAGGGCUGCUGUCUUGGAAAUGAUGACCAGUUUGUUCAUAUCUACUUACAAUUUCCAGGAUGAGGAAGGGCGUUGUUACAGUGAUUCCUUUGCGGAACUCCCUGAACGGGACCCAGACGAAGAUCUAGAAACUUCUAAACAAAAAGAGAAACCAUUGUCGUUUGACCAGAUCAAGAGAAAUUUAGACAAGGGUAGAUACAGGCGAUUUGAUAAGUUCCAGGAAGAUAUGUUUGAGGUAUUUGAGAGAGCUCGACGACUUAGCAGAACUGACUCUCAGCUGUAUGAAGAUGCUGUGGAGAUGCAUUUGUACUUCAUCAAAACAAGAGAUGAAACCUGUCGUAAUGGUGAAAUACUGCUCACACCUGCUCUCAGUUACACAGAGCGCCACUUGCAAGCCUCUCUAGAUGCAGAGAAGAUAGAGAAAUUACCAAUGGAACAACAGAGUAUGGAGGAAAAGCGAGCUCGGCAGGAGGCAGAGGAAUUUAAUACACCAAGUGAAGGUGGUUUGGACAGCUUCCGGUACAAGGAAGAGACCUUCCACGUAGGAGACUUUGUCUAUAUAGAGCCUCGGGAGAAGGGCCAGGAACCUCACAUCAUGUGUAUAGAGAAAUUGUUUGUGGACCAGACUGAUACACAGAUGUUACAUGGUAACUGGUUCUACAGGCCAAACGAGACCUUUCACCUCGCUACCAGAAAGUUCCUUGAAAAGGAAGUGUUGAAAAGUGACUCCUACACCAGUAUACCCAUCACACAAGUCCUGGGCAAAUGUUACAUCAUGUUUGUCAAGGAUUACUUCAAAUACAGACCAGAGGGAGUAGCUGACCAUGAUGUGUACGUCUGUGAGAACAGAUAUGUUGCCAAACAUAAAUGCUUCAAGAAGAUAAAGAUCUGGCAGUCGACCAAGAGUGACAAUGUGAGCAUUGUCCCACGUGACAUCCCACUGGUGCCAGUGCGUGUGGCUUCAGUGUUUGCUGACAAGGAGAAGGACAUCAUUGACGAUGGUGACAACAGCAUUUUAGACAAAAAGAGGCUGGAUGUACAGAUAGAGAUACCAAAUGGAGAAGAAGGAUGUGUGUACUAUGAUCAACUCAAUACUGCAGCUGGCACUCUAAAAUUAGGGGACGGAGUGUAUAUCAAGUCUGACAGAGAAAAACAGCUGCUGUGUAGGAUUGACAAGAUCUGGGUCAACAGGAAUGGCGAGACCUACUUGAAUGGUCCAUGGUAUAUUUAUCCAUCAGACAUUGAACACUCACCUACCCGCCUGUUUUACAAGAAUGAGGUGUUUGCCUGUGGUAUUGAGGACACCAUCAGUAUAGAUAGAGUUGCUGGCAAAUGUUGUAUACUCCAUAUCAAAGAUUACCUUACUAAUCGUGUCACAGAAACACCUGAAGAAGAUGUUUAUCUAUGUGAAUCAAAAUACUUUGAGUUGGAAAAGAUGGUGAAGAAACUAGGAAAGGGUCUGAAGAAAUAUGUUUUAUCUCCAAAAGUUACUGAUGAUGAGUUGUACUUCUUCAGGAAGCCUAUUACUCCUCAAAAGGUCGUGUCACCUCUACAAAACAACAACAACAACAACGUUCAUUACGUUCUACCUCAUCAUCAUCUCCACCCCACCCCACGACAACACCUCCAUCAUCAGGAGCCAUCGCCCUUGCUGUUGAAGGUUGUGGAUGUGCCCUACUUAGAUGGGGAUGACUCCCAGGAUGGGGACACGGAAACUGCUGAUGACACGCUCAACGUAUCCAUGGAGGCAACUCCUGUUCCAGAGAAGCCUCCAAAAAAGACUGAGGAUGACCAUGGUAAAGAAAAAUGCCCCCCGAAAAAGAAUGAGGAUGAGCAUCCAAAAGAAAAAGUUGUCCUGAAAAAGGCUAAGAGCAACAUGAAGAGACAAAUUAGUGGCUACAUAGUAUACUCUGGGGAGAUCCGCAAACACAUUCAACAGGAAAAUCCUGACUGUACAUUUGGGGAGAUAAGUCGUAUAGUGGGACUCAAGUGGAGGAAUUUAUCAAAAGAGGAAAAAGAAAAAUAUGAGGAAAAAGCAAAGAAAGUAGCAGAAGAGCAACAAGCAAAACAGCAAGAAGCAGAACGAGCCUUCAAUGAAUCUCUAAAUCGCUCUCAGAGUCCCUGGGAUGGGGGACGGGCUUCACCAGGAUCUUCAAGUCGACCUAUCACUCCAGGAGGCUACCAAGGUCAAUACAAUUAUCAGAGCUAUGGUACACCACAAGGUGCUCAGUCACAACAAUACACACCCAUGCAAGGUCCCCAGAUGGCACCUCCACCCCCACCGCCACGUCCCCCAUCUCCGAUGUUUGUGAGUGUACCCCCCAGAACGCAGAGGCUGCUGCACUCAGAGGCUUACCUAAGAUAUAUAGAGGGGCUAAGUGCUGACAAACCACACAUCAGUGACUGGGAGAAGAACCUGUCUGCCACUUCAGAUAAUACUUUAACAGAUGAGAGCCGUUUACCUGCCCAUUGGCUGGCCCAGGGUGCUGGUUACCAUGGAAAUGUAACAGAUGCAUUAUGGGCAUUACGAGAUCUUAUGAUGAAGGACACAAUGAACAUAUCACGCACCUUGCCAUUUGAGGCUCUGUGAUCAAAAGUAGACAGGUGUUUGCCACGUAAAUCUACCUUCCAAUGCCACAUGCCCUGCCGAUAAAUCUGUAGUUCUUCCUGGAUAGGACGCGGCAGUGUGACCUGUGUCCUGUUGUUGGCUACUAUAUUGAUGUCAAUUAGACUUAGGAGGAUUUGCUGUUGUGACAUGUCGCUCCUGUGUUGUGAUUUGUCACUAGUGGGCUAAUUUAAAUAUUUGUGGGUUUAUACUGUUGAAUUUAGUCCGCAUCUAUGUGUUGGAAUUGCUCUUGAUGUGUUCAAAAUUGCAUUAGUAACAUUGGACUUAUUUAACAAGUAGAGCAUUUGUCAGCAUGUAGGGUCAUCAUUUCACUGAGAUCACAGAGUACAACAAUGUGUGGACAAUACGAGCCAGUGACAGGGUAAUCCUGGAUCACAAAGUAGGUUCAACCAGGUCAUAAACUACAACAAUGUGUGGAUAAUAUGAGCCUGUAACGGGAUAAUCCUGGAUCACAAAGUACAACAAUGUGUGGACAUACGAACCAGAGACAGGUUCACAAAGGUCAUGAACUACAACAAUGUGUGGACCCAGCACGACCCUGUUAGGGAUCAUCCUGAGGGAGAUGCACUGGGAUUCAGGUCAACUACUAGCCCAACAGAAAGUUAUUACACCAUACAAAUAUUUGAUAUCUUUGAAGUCAACACUCUCAAGAUUAAAUAAAAGACCAUACAAAAACAGAAUAAAGUGUUGUAGUAGCUGGCAGUUUCUAAAGAUCAAAGUGAGGUAUUUAAUAGUUAAUCAAAUAAAUACAGUGUUUUAAAUCAUUGUAAUUUCUCUCUAAAUGCUGGAUGAAGGUUUCUUUGUGAAUGUAAUGACCCACCUUCUUAAUCUCAGAACCAAUAAAGAAAAGUCCCUUGGGAUGUUUAAGAAACAGAACUGGACCAAAGUAUGGUAGUACUUUAUUGUGAAUCUCAGGGAUGUGGAGGCGUUUAUAUUAGUAUUCUUAUGAAAGUGUGCUGGACAAAGAUGUCUUUUGAUUGUUGUGAGUGGUAUACAAGGUAUUCCAGAAAUUAAUGAUAUGUGGGGAAGGGAUGGAACAGAAAACAUGGUGGUUUUGUUUAAACUAUUGGAUUGAGCUGAUUUUUCUGGGGCCCAAAAUGCAAAUAUUAACUGGUUUUAAAAAUCAGUUACUAAUUGCCAAAUCUUACCUCCUCCCUCCCCAUAUAAUCUUGGAUGACACAAGUGAAGGUGUGUUUGUAUAUAUGUGUGUGUGUGAAUGCAAUGUGAAUCUGCAAUUCUGUGCUGGUGUUUGUGAGCGAAUUAGUAAUUUGGUGAGAUGUGCAAGAAGCCUGCUGUAAGUUAGCAUGGACAAUUAAGAAAUGUUAUUUGCUACAUAAUUACAUAAUAUUAGACAUAUUGUGUUCAAACUUGACAUUAUAUAUUGUGUUCAAAAUAAUAUGAUUAAGGAACCUAUAAGCAUUUUACGAAAGUAAAGUUCCUACUUAAAAUAAUGAAGUAGGGAAAUGUACAGUGUUAUAGACUUGUGAUUUUAUGUGAAGUGAUAAUGUUUUGUGUACAAGUUAUUAGUCUGGAGGCCCCCAAUUACACUGUAAUAUUUAUACAAUGCAAAUGAGAAAGUCUAUAGAAUUCCAUUGCAUUUAUCGAUUGGUGCACAUAUUUGUUAAAACUUGAUGGGAUCCUAUUGUAAGGUUAAGCAUUUAAUGCAGAAAAUGAUCUCACUUAGAGUAAUGUUCUUAAGUCAUAAUUUUGCUGUUUACAUACAUGCAUGUUUUGUCUCAAGUUUUACUCUGAAGAUAUAUUUUACAAAUUUUGAGUGGAACUGGUUUAUUUUUGGAUGUCAUGAAUGCUGCAGUUAUUUAGAAGUGUUGAAGAGCUUGUGGUGAUUAACAUAUGCAGAAGAUUUUUGGAUUUGGUAUGAGGUCUACAGAAAUCCAUAUUUGUAACAGGUACAGUACCAAUAUAAAAUCAAAAGGAAAUAUAUUGAUAAGAUAAUAUUAAUAAGAAAUGAUGAGAGUAUAAAAAGUCAAAUGCAUGGUAAAUAUAAGCCAAAAUUCAGAGAGAUUCAAAAGAUACAGAUUGGAAGUCUUUUCAGAACUGACCUGGUAACUGUUUUGUCAAAUGAUAUAACAGUUGUUUGAUCUCUGUGAGAGGCUUGGUAUACAAAAUGAACAAUUAAUACUCAAAUCUUGUCAGUAUUGUUGAUUUUCUUGUUCAUUCAUCAUCACCGUCUCGCAUCAUUAACUUAAUGUGUUCCUUUCUGGUCCAACACUUAGCUUCUCUUUAGAUAAGCUAAUUGUGAUGUGCCGUAAUUGCACCAUUUUCAGCAUAGUUCUCUACAAUGUUACUUAUAACUUUGACUUUUUAAAUGUUGUUAAAAUAUAUUCAAUGGAAAGGAGAAUUCUAUUUUGUUUGUUGUCAUAGUAACACUUGUUGUAUCAUGUGACAUGUGUCUCUAGUCAUGUGAGUUUUUUUUACUUAUAACAUCAUUACACCAAAUAGGUCAGAACGAAAUUGAGCUUAAAUAAUCUAUCCAAAAUACUGCUGAAAAUAUGUCAAGGGUAUAAAUACAGGCCAUACAGAUAAAACGGUUUUUGAUAAAAGUUUUCUCCAUCCUUUCAAAAUAAAUAACUUUUUUUUCCUGCAAUUUAUCUACUAAGAUUAAUUCAAAUUUUCAAAGGUAUGAAAAUUUUUUUAGUUAAAAAAAAUGAAGAUAGAUAUUAGACAGUUGAGGGAGAGGAAUACAUUGUGAGUUUUGGUUCUAGUGGUGCAAUCUCGCAGUUUUUUUUGUCUCUUUUGUCUUUGAUAUUUUUAUUGUGAGAACUAUUUAUGAUUGACUUGACUAUAUUUACAAUUGUUCGUCAGCUUAAUGUAAUUGAUCUAGAAGAGUAGUAGGGUUCAAUUGAUAUAGAAUUUAAUAAAUAUUUAAAAUAUG